AUGUUUGGAACUGCCGAGCCCUCGUCGCCCAAAGGUGCGGUGUUCGAGAGUCCCGAGCCCUCGCGCUCUCGGAAGUGCGACGGCACCUCGGGCGUCCCCGAAAUUCGACGACGGCUCGGAAACACCCCCUCGAAAGCUUAUAUCGAGGGGCUGAAUUAUACUGGCUCUCAAAAUGAAAUUGAGGAAUUUUUUAACUGGUUAAAAACACUGACGAAGUUUCGUCUCAAAAUCGUUAUUGCUGGAAACCAUGAUGUGCUUCUUCAUCGAGAUUAUUAUGAGAAGUGCUGGAAACGAUUCCAUGAUAAAAAAUACGAUGCCGAUUCGAUGAUUGUACGACUAAAUGAUCCUUUAUUCAGAGAAGAAUACGGAAUUAUUUAUCUCAAAGACGAAUCGUUUACAGAUCCUGUAACAGGAUGGAAAUUUUAUGGAAGCCCAUGGCAGCCUGCAUUUGGUGGUUGGGCAUUCAAUUUGACGCGUGACAGUGCUGAAAUACGAGAUGUCUGGUCCAAAAUUCCCUUGGAUACCGAUAUUCUGCUGACUCAUGGCCCACCAAAUACUAUUCUAGAUAAAACCCGAAGCAAUAUGCAAGCUGGUUGUAAGGAGCUUUUGAAACGUGUAUCCGUUGUUCGUCCAAAACUUCAUGUGUUCGGUCAUAUACACGAGGGUUACGGUCAGCUAAAAUCGAAUGAGACAAUAUUUGUUAAUGCAUCUGUGUGUAAUCUGGGUUAUCAGCCGACACAAGCUCCAAUUAUCGUCGAUUUACAAAAUCCCAUCUCAGUAGAAACUACGGCUGAUGAAAAUACUAGGGACAGGCAGCAGUCGAUGAACAUAUCUCUUGAUUCUACCUCAGAUUUAUUGAAAAUUACCGUCCGCCUGUUAGCUGUUGUUUGCUUCUUUAUUUUUCUGUUGUUCUUUUUUCAUUAA